AUGGCCAUGCAGUCUCGGCUUAGGGAAGAUAAUGGCUUGCCUGCCUGCCGCAAAACCACCGCCUUGUCCCUGCUCGGCACCUAUAUCUACAUCACGUGCGCUGUUGAACAAUCUGAGAGCGACAUUUACAUGCGGUUUAUGAAGUCACAUAAGUGCUAUGACAUCGUCCCUACCAGCUCCAAGCUCGUGGUCUUUGACACAACACUGCAGGUAAAAAAGGCCUUUUUUGCCUUGGUGGCCAAUGGGGUCCGAGCCGCCCCUCUGUGGGAGACCAAGAAACAGAGUUUUGUGGGCAUGCUAACUAUCACAGACUUCAUCAACAUACUUCACAGAUACUACAAAUCACCCAUGGUACAAAUCUAUGAGCUUGAGGAGCAUAAAAUUGAGACGUGGAGAGAGCUCUAUCUACAAGAAACAUUUAAGCCUUUAGUGAACAUAUCUCCAGAUGCAAGCAUAUUUGAUGCUGUGUAUUCACUGAUCAAAAACAAGAUCCACCGGUUACCCGUCAUCGACCCUGUCAGUGGAAAUGCACUUUACAUUUUGACGCACAAAAGGAUCCUGAAAUUCCUUCAGCUGUUUGUGUGUGAGAUGCCAAAGCCCGCCUUUAUGAAGCAGAAACUGGAGGAGCUGAGCAUUGGGACCUACAGCAACAUUGCCUUCAUCCACCCCGACACGCCAAUCAUCAAAGCACUCAGCAUCUUUGUGGAGAGGAGAGUGUCAGCACUGCCUGUGGUGGAUGAGUCAGGAAAAGUUGUAGAUAUUUAUUCCAAAUUUGAUGUCAUUAAUCUUGCUGCUGAAAAGAUGUACAACAACCUGGACAUUAGUGUGACACAGGCACUGAUGCACAGGUCACAGUACUUUGAAGGGGUCAUGAAGUGCAACAGAUUUGAGACACUGGAAACGAUAGUAGAUCGUAUAGUCAAGGCUGAGGUGCACAGACUGGUGGUGGUGGAUGAGAACGGCAGCAUCGUGGGCAUCGUCUCUCUGUCGGACAUCCUCCAGGCACUUGUUCUCAACCCCGCAGGUAUGACCCGGAAGGAGAGCGAAGCAGAGACGGAGUGAUGCUAGCGGAGAUUGCUGGGUCAUGUGAUGUUGCUGUAAGAGACUGAAGUGGAAGCGGAGACCACAAGUUUGGGCCACAUCUCAGAAUGAAAGAGUGGAACCAGGGAACUUGACCUAGAUGUGCGCUGUUAGAUCACAAAUGAAGAGUUACACGGACUGGUUAUUUGGUCUGUUAUCUGAUUUCUAGAUGGACGUAUUGGCCGUAUGGGGCGAUUAAGGUGGAUCAUCUCUUAUUCAGAAGGAUACUGUGAACUCUACCUAUUAUAUCACACUAAGCUUCUGCACGCACACUAUGAUAACUAUACCUUUAGCUAGACCUAAAACUACGCCAUCUGGUGUUUGAAUAGUGGUCUGCACACAGACUACGGACUGUACCAUAAUCGCCUCUGUUGGAGGGGGGUGUCUGUGCGUUCGCAGGGCAUUCAGUAAUAAUCUCAGUAUUCAGUGCAUGUUAUGACUGUUUGUUCCUCGUGUAUAUACGAUUUUCGGCUUGUGGCGUAUGAGCCAGUUCACAUAUUUGUACUUUUGACUACUCCUGAAUUUAGGAACUCGUUUAGUCUUUCUCCGCCACAGUCCCUUUGUAAAUGCAGACAGAAAUGCUUUCCUCUGUAUCUGUCUAUGGUGCCUUCUGUCCAGCAGUUAUCGCCCACUACUGGUUGCCAAUAGAACAAGAUUAAUUGAAUGUUUAAAUAUAUCAAAGUGAAUGUUACAGUUGUU